AUGUCUGGAAGACCCGAUUCCAAGAGCCGUCCCAGCACUCCAGAUGGCGGACGAAGUGCCACGCCAUCGAGCCCCGACGAACAAGACGUUGAAGAACGACUUGACACCCUGGCGCUCCCAUCGCCGGCCGUUCCGCUUUCAGAACCAUCGCCCCAUGCCAGAAUUGUCCCUACCAGGGACAGAGAUGAUGCCGACAUUCGAGAACCAGACCCCAUACCUGCUCCAGACCAGAGGGUCAGACUCGAUCAGAGGCCAGUACUCCGCCGAAGGGCAAGACACGACCCACUUAGGCUCUUCUCCAGGAGGGGUACCGGUGCACAGCCCCUACCAGCAUACAAUUCAGGCCCAGGCACACCAGUCGCAGGCCCAUCCUCGUCGUCGCCAUCUUCUACAUCCUCCUCGAGUUCCACCUCCCAAGCGUCGUCGGCUGAUUUUGCGAACGAAUUGAUUCAAGUUCGAACUGAGCCUAUCCGAGUCCGGACACAGCCUAAUGGCGCCGCUGGGCCUCAGAUUCCAACUGAACCCGAUGUAGCUGCUGCUCAGAGACUCGGCCUCCCCCCUGUCCGACGCAUCUCAUGGCCUCACGACGAGCCUAGGUCUGGGUUCCACAGGUGCAGGAGCUGGUGCGCAACAAGCUGCAAGCAGAUGUUCAACGCUGCUAAGUUCUGGGAGUCAAAGAAGAAGGAUUGA